AUGGCGGCGAGGGCGGGGCCGCAACAGUGGCUGAAGAGUAGGGCCGCAUCCGCUGAAGGCCGGGGCCGCGUCAGCGGCAGGUCGGGGUCGCGACAGCGUCUUGGUGGGGCCGCGUUGGCGGCAGGGCGGGGCCGCGACCUGGCGGAGCCGCGUCGGCGCUCCACUGCGCCCACAGACCUGGAGGAGUACAUGAGCUCCAUCACACUGCCGUUGCAGCUGCUGCCGGGGAAGAACAGCAACGUGGUGCACGGCGUAUUCCAACGAACGCUCACACGCGUGCUCACGCGAGCAGGCGCCGUGCGUGCUGGCACGGUCGCACAGCGCGAGGAGGAGUUGAAGGCGACCUUGUAG